UUUGUAUCGCGAGAGCGGAGUGACUUGCUUGAAAUUAUCCGGUGUUGGUCUCCGAGGCUAACCAGCUAUCAUGGGGAACAUUUUUGGCAACCUUUUGAAGAGUCUUAUUGGGAAAAAGGAGAUGCGUAUUUUGAUGGUCGGGCUUGAUGCGGCUGGGAAGACCACAAUCUUGUACAAACUGAAGCUGGGAGAGAUAGUGACUACCAUUCCUACUAUUGGGUUUAACGUGGAGACUGUUGAGUACAAAAAUAUCAGUUUUACAGUGUGGGAUGUUGGUGGCCAGGACAAAAUCCGACCUCUGUGGCGUCAUUACUUCCAGAACACACAAGGUCUGAUCUUUGUGGUGGACAGUAAUGACCGUGAGCGAGUUAAUGAAGCCCGAGAGGAGCUGAUGAGGAUGCUGGCUGAGGAUGAACUUAGAGACGCUGUACUCCUUGUCUUUGCCAACAAGCAGGAUCUGCCAAAUGCCAUGAAUGCUGCAGAAAUCACAGAUAAGCUGGGCCUCCACUCCCUGCGCCAUCGUAACUGGUACAUCCAGGCCACUUGUGCCACCAGCGGGGACGGCUUAUAUGAGGGUCUGGACUGGCUGGCCAACCAGCUCAAGAACAAGAAAUGAGGCAGACUGGAUCCAAGAGGAAAUGGUGUGGCCGAAGAGUCACCUGAGUGACAGCUCAUCAGGGAGCACUAGUGGUUUCCAAGUUUCUUUCAUUCUGUUUACGAGCUGAAACCAACAGGAGCCGGGUCAUUUCAGACAUUGUAACCCCUCACUAUGUCCCACCUAACAGAGCCGUGAGAUGGUUGGGCAAGCACCCAUGAUUCAUAUUCAUAUUUACUAGUGAAGAUAGACAUGUUUUGCUAUUCUCGUGUGAUUUAAACAUCUCGUGUCUCUACACUGUAAAUGUAUAAAAGACAUUAACACGGAGUGAAUGAAAAGCUUUUACUUAUAUUAAUACUGUGGGAGUAACUCUUAAAUGCAGGUCAUUUAAAUUAUAUUAACCGCACUGAUAGAUGAGAAACCUGUUGAUUCGGUUUCCCGAAAUAUUUAAAUAAAAUCAAGUGAAAUGUUAUUCAGAAAACAUUAAAGAAACAUGUUGUGUUUUUUGCUACAGCGGUGUUGUUUUGCUACUGACAAUUAAAUAUGCAUUGUGAUUUAUUAUUAGCAUAUCAGCCAGACUUCAUGACUGUCAAUGAUGAUGCUCUUAUUGCAUGCAUUCACUAGCGUCUCUGCACAGGUUGCUGAGCAAGCUUUGGUUAGUGCAGUUGUAUGUAAAUAGAUAAAGGAUCUCUUGUCUUGGCAUGCGUAGUUUGCGACGAUUAAAUAGUACAUUGUUCUCUGUACAAGAACUGUUUCUUUUGUGCUGAUAUUGUUCACUACCCAAGCCGCUGUUUUGUCGUGUAGCUAAACGCGUUUGUUUCACUGGCUGUAUCCGCUGCUUUUGCAUGCUGUUUCGUCUGUGUCGUGCCGUGUAGACAUGCUCAUUGAUUGUGUCAUUGCAUUCGUAUGUAUGUGAUUUUUUUUUUGUUGCUUGAGUUGCAUGGGCAGAUCUGAGGAGCUGAAGAGUAGAUCUCUAUAGCCCUGUGACUGGAAAGAGUGACUUUACAGUAGACACAGGUAAUAGUAGACUCAAAUAUUUAUGGUUGUGUGUAUGCUCAUGAAAGAAGUGUGUUUAUAUAUUACACGCUUAAUAAAGUAUGCACUUGGAUAAAUUAAA